AUGUCCAAACAUGAUUCAAUCUCUCGAAUAUCCUUGAUCACUUCUCCUUAUGCACUUAAUAUUGUUGAAGGGAAGAUGCAAUAUUUGUUUGAUGAAAAUGGGAGGCGUUAUCUUGAUGCUUUUGCUGGGAUAGUUACUGUAUCUUGUGGGCAUUGCCAUCCUGAAAUUUUAAAUGCUAUCACGGAGCAGAGCAAGCUUCUGCAGCAUGCUACAACCAUAUACCUACACCAUGCAAUAGCUGAUUUUGCUGAGGCAUUAGCUUCAAAAAUGCCUGGAAACCUUAAGGUUGUAUAUUUUGUAAAUUCGGGGUCAGAAGCAAAUGAAUUAGCAAUGAUGAUGGCUCGUCUAUACACUGGUAAUCUUGGUAUGAUUUCAUUGAGGAAUGCAUAUCAUGGGGGAAGCUCUGGUACCCUUGGACUGACUGCUCUGAACACGUGGAAGUACCCAAUUUUGCAGGGUGAAAUUCAUCAUGUUGUAAAUCCAGAUCCAUACCGUGGAGUUUUUGGUUCCGAUGCCAAUCGUUAUGCCAAAGAUUUGCAAGAUCACAUUGAUUUUGGUACUUCAGGAAAAGUUGCAGGAUUUAUAGCUGAAACAAUUCAGGGAGCUGGAGGAGCAGUUGAAUUGGCGCCUGGAUACUUGAAACCGGUUUAUGACAUUGUACGCAAGGCUGGUGGUGUCUGCAUUGCAGAUGAAGUGCAAACUGGCUUUGGUCGAACAGGAAGCAAUUACUGGGGCUUUGAAACACAGGGCGUCAUUCCUGAUAUAGUUACGAUGGCAAAGGGUAUUGGCAAUGGUUUACCAUUGGGAGCAGUUGUGACAACCCCAGAGAUUGCGAGUGUAUUGGCCCAGAAAAUUCAAUUUAAUACUUUUGGAGGAAACCCUGUAUGUUCGGCUGGGGGGCUGGCAGUGCUGAGAGUUAUUGACCAGGAGAAGCGUCAAGCUCAUUGCGCUGAUGUUGGUUCUCACUUGCUCAAGCGUUUGAGAGCUCUUCAGCAAACACAUGAAAUCAUUGGAGAUGUGAGGGGCAGAGGCUUAAUGGUUGGUAUAGAACUUGUGACUGACAGGAACGAGAAGACACCUGCCAAGGUUGAAACUGCGGUUCUAUUUGAGAAACUUAGAGAGCUUGGUAUUCUUGUUGGGAAAGGGGGACUGCAUGGAAAUGUUUUUAGAAUAAAACCACCAAUGUGUUUUAACAGGGACGAUGCAGAUUUUCUGGUUGAUGCCUUGGACCAUGCAAUAUCAAAGUUGUGA